AUGGGAUGGUUAUGGGCAGAUCCGGUUAAAUCUGAGGCUUGCCCCGUAAGCGGGAACUCUCAAGGAUCUCAGUGUCCUGUCGCUCACAAAAGCGUUCCAAAAGGCGAAGAAACUAACAGCUCGGAUGGCUGUCCGGUUCUUCAUGGCUCGAACCCUCAAAACGGGCUGAACCCAUUGAAUAAUAUUCCUGCUCACUUGUCUCAUGAAAGGCAACCACACCAGAAUUUGGAACUACCCAAAGAUCGUACCACAAGUUCGAUUCCCAAGGGUAGCGAGAAAAACGGUGAAUUUUGGGAGUACCCUUCCCCACAGCAAAUGUACAACGCCAUGGUUCGCAAGGGCAAAAUUGACCCCAACACCGGAGAAGAAGUCCCUGAAGACGCUGUUGAGUCUAUGGUGUUUGUGCAUAACUUUCUAAAUGAAGGCUGCUGGCAGGAAAUCCUGGAUUGGGAAAAGAAAUACACAGAAGACACCAACGUGGAACCCAAACUUUUGCAGUUCAUGGGCAAGCCAACUCAAUACUCACCCAGAGCACGCUGGUUCAAUUUUCUCGGAACGGUUUUUCCUACUUGGUUUUCGGGCGAGCUUCCUUUUGAUAGACAUGACUGGACUGUGCUGAGACCGGACCCUAAAUCUACUGACACUGAGCAUCCCGGUUUCAGAAAGGUGCGCUACGUGAUUGAUUUCUACGGCGGACCAGACGAUGAAGAGGGCCUGCCUACGUUCAAUUUGGAUGUUCGUCCCGCACUUGUCGAUUUGACAAGCGCUAAGGAUCGUUUCACAAGGUGGACAGAGCCUAUUCUCACCGAAUAUUUUGGAGACAACAAGAAGUGA